AAACACUUAUAAUAUAUUUAUAAUAUUCUGAUAAAAAUAAUUUGUUAUGACGAUCUCUCACUCCCAAUUCAUAGUAUUUCUUUCUCUCACCAUCUUCUCCUUCUUCAACCUCUGCCAUGGGGACGUAGGUAUCGCAGCCCAGUACGCGCCGCCGUACACGCCUACGGCGUGUUACGAAAGUGAUCCGACACAAUUUCCGACAAGCAAUUUGUUUGCGGCGGCAGGGGAUGGAAUAUGGGACAACGGAGCCUCAUGCGGCCGUCAAUAUUUGGUGAGCUGCAUCAGUGCUACCGAGGCUGGGACCUGUAAUCCCGAUCAGGCGGUUAGAGUGAAGAUUGUCGAUUAUGCCCCCAACGCCCUCUCGCAGCCUAGUUCUGCUGGAGCUACCAUAGUCCUUUCCCAGACGGCUUUCGAGACCAUAGCAAAUCCAUCUGCUAUAGUUAUUAACAUUGAAUUUCAACAGGUGUGAUGUGAAAAAUCAUAUGUUAGAGAUCUCCAUUCUUUUUCCAAAAUAUAUAUUGUCAUGAGUCUUACUAGCCGCCAACCAACGACCAAGAACAGUAUAAAGAUAGAUAGAUAGAGAGAGAGGGAGGGGUAGAUUAGUCUAGGAUUUAUUUACUCGGUUGGUAUGGAAAGCAGCUUCUAGGUAAAUAGACUUGUACUUAUAAUUGUAUUUGUAUUCAUAAACCUCAAAUUACUUUCUAUUUAGCCAAAUAAAUAAAUAAAUUACAUUUUCCUUCGUUUGGUUUAUUGAUAUAGUAUAUAACAAGGGACAA